AUGCUCUCGGGCUGCACCGACCUUCGGUUGGCCGCCGCUCUGGCUGCAGAACACGCCGGUCACCAGCCCCAGCCGAACUCGUUACCCGGGACAACCGCUCCCAACGCAACAUUCUCGCCGUCGCCCCUGACCCUUAUUCAGAAGAGCGCUGGUGCAGCUGAUUCCAUGCCGAGUCCGGGCGCUACGACCGCAACCGAGACGCCCAGCUUACCCCUGCAUCAGGGUGGAGAGACUGAAGGUGCCGAAGACGAGGAGGAUGUUGAAGUUGAAGACGAGGAGGACGAUGACGAUGAUGACGAUGAGGACGAGGAAGAUGAAGAAGACGAGGACGACAAUGCCCACGCUGGCGGAACUGAGCGUCUGGGUCCGCAGGUCAUUCAUGUGACGGCACCCAGCCAGCCGCCCACCACGUCAGCCCUCUUCACGCACUGUCAGUACUCCUAUAUCGGAUCGGGACGCUGGCAGGUCUACGUGCAAAUGUGGUUUGUUGAGGAACGCCUCAAAAGAGAGGUGUGUAUCUGUUGGUAUGCCCGUGUAGUUUAG